GUCCAACCCUCCCCUUAAAUGCAUCCAGGCUAUUCACCUCAACUGUUCAACAACAACUUAUGUUAAUAUGGCACCUCUAAUGUAAUGAAACGACCUUAGUGACUCCACUGUCUGGGUGGAAACUCUGUGCCCCCAAUCUGCCAAGGUGUAUUGAUGCUGAGUCAGUGGAUGACCUUCUUAUGGAUUUGAGGUUUAGUUCCGAGAAAUAACGAAAUUUCAAAUGGUGCAUGGCAACAGUCUUUGGAGUCUUGCAAGUGAAGAGGUUUGUGAACAUGUUUGGAGAAUCGUGGACCACCAUUGAGAACUUUGAUAACAUUUUUUGGAAAGUCAAAAAUUCCAUUGCAGGAUGGGAACAUCUUCAUUGUGAAUUAUGAGAUGUUGGAUGGGAUUCCUGCCAAUGUCAUUAAAGGCGUCCAGCAGUACCUGGCAGCACCCAUUUGUCUGCUCCACCUUAACAAACAGAACCAGAUGAUGCCUAUUGCUAUCCAGCUGAAGCAAACCCCAGGAGAAGACAAUCCCAUUUUCCUUCCCUCGGACUCUGAACUCGACUGGCUGCUGGCUAAGAUCUGGGUGCGGAGUUCAGAUACCCAGCACUUUGAGCUGAUCUCCCACCUUCUGAAGACUCACCUGAUCGCCGAGUCAUUCAGCGUCGCCACCCUCAGACAGCUGCCCUCCGUGCAUCCCAUUUACAAGCUUUUGGCUCCUCAUGUGAGAUAUACGAUGCACGUAAACACCAAUGCCAGAAAGGAUCUGAUGAGUUCAGAUGGAAUUAUCGCCAAAGCUUUUGGUAUUGGAGCUGAGGGUCUCCUUUUGCUAUCUCAGAAAGAGUUCCAAGCCUUGACCUACCAAUCAUUGUGUCUACCAGAACGUCUGGAGCACCAUGGAGUCAAAGACGUAAAGGGCUACUAUUACAAGGAUGAUGGCUUGUUGGUAUGGUCAGCGAUUCACAGUUUCAUCUCCAACAUUGUGACAUUCUACUAUGAGAACGACCAGCAAGUAAAGAACGAUCCUGAGCUUCAGGCCUGGAUUCAGGACCUGACUGAAGUUGGAUUACAAGACCUUAAAAACUCUGGUGCCUAUCUUUCAGGAUUCCCGACAUCAUUGAGAACGAGGGUGGAACUCUGCAAAUUCCUCACCGUGGUAAUCUUCACCUGCAGUGCCCAGCAUGCAGCCAUAAAUAACGGACAGUAUGACUGGGGUGCCUGUGUCCCCAACUCGCCUAUCUCAAUGCGGAAGCCUCCCCCAACCAACAAGGAGAUGGUGAUGAUGGAGCACAUCAUGGAAUCACUCCUGGAUGUCACCCAGUCCUGCAUUCAGAUGGCAUUUUCCUGGAUCAUUAGCCUUCCACAGCCUGGAAUGAAAAAACUUGGCGAUUACGAGGAAUAUUUCACCGAAGAGGCGGUGAAGGAAACCAUCCAGAAAUUUCAGGAAGAACUGAAGACGAUCAAUCUCAUGAUCCAGGAUCGUAACAAGGGCCUGGAUCUGAAAUACGAGUACCUCUGUCCUGAGAACAUCGAGAACAGCAUCACCAUCUAAAGGUCAGAGUGGCCUGGCUCUGAGAAAAGUGUAGUGGAUCCCUCCCAGGCCCCUGAUGGUUACCUGAAUGCUUUUAGAGAUAUUGGAUAAUUAUUUACUAAGGUGGUGGGUUGGGGCAGGAGUUUUGAGUAAUUUUUUGGCUGGAAGUGCCACCCUCAGUGUGUUUUCAAUCACUAUGUUCGGGUAAUUGUGUUGUAAUUAUAGUUUCUGUGUGUCCUCAAGCUUGGAUUAGACAAUCUGCUGCUACAUUUUCACUUCCAGUAUAUCUGGAAAAUCUGGGAUGGUGACAAACAUAGUCUUAUCUUGUAUUUACGGCACAGGGAAAGGCUGUUUGGCCCAACUGCUCUAUGCUGGUCUCCAUCUCCAUCUGACCUUCCUUCUGCCCCUCUUCAUCCAACCCCAUCCUAUUCCGUUCUCGCUUUUGUUUACCUAACUUCUCCUUAAAAGAAUCUAUGCCAUUCACGUCAACCACUCCCUGUGGUGGUGAGUUCCAUAUUCUCAUUGCUUGGAGUUAAGUUUCUCUUGAAUUCUCUAUCAGGUUUAUUAAUGACUAUCUUAGAUGUGUGGGCUGUUAACUAUUAAUGGUGUAUUUUUUAUGUUAAGAUACAGAGGUGUAGGGUGUUGUUUCAUUAAGUACCUAGGGCACUUAUAAAGGAAGACAGCAGGGAAUAGGUAGGGAACAGACAUAUGGAAUGCUGCAGCCUGUGAAUAAACCAACUAUCACUAAAAGGAUUUGUAUCCAGUUUCAUACUUCACCAACUUGCUUUGUCUCCAGUUUAUCAGUAAUGACAAUCUUCUUACUGUGAUGUCAUUGAGAGGAUAAAUAUUCAAAAUAGUAGCUACUGGAAUCAUUUAUGUCCACCUGAAAGAGUGGAUGGUGCCUUGUUUUAAUGUCUCAUCCGAAGGAUGGCACCUCCGACAGUGUAGCCCUCCCUCAGAACU